GAAGAGGGGAACAGAAGAGAUGGGAUUGGGUCUAUCAGCUCUGAUAGGGUUGAAAGCGGGUGUAUUGCUGUGGAUGUUUGCAUAUGUGAGAAGCUUGGAAUGGAGGGUGUUGUCAAUCCCAUUGUUAUAUGCGUCUUUGGUAUCGAUGUUAGUCUCAGUUGCUUCUCACCCUUCCAUAAACCUUCCGAUGCUGUUGGGCAAGAGCUCCGACGGCAGUUUCCCGAUAUGGUCGAUCAUCAUGUUCAGCCCUUAUUUAUAUUUCGUCCGCCUAUUCUCGGCAUUGCGAAGACUAUGCAGUGGGGAAGCUCCAUACAGCCAAGUGGGUGAGGGUUUAUAUGUUGGCGGAUGGCCUUCUUCGCCGGAUAAGCUCCCUCCCGGUAAUCCUGCCAUUAUCGAUUGCACUUGUGAAUUGCCAAGAAGUUGUUGGUCGGACCAGAGUUAUCUCUGCGUCCCAACAUGGGACACUAGGUCUCCCAACCCCUCUCAGAUUGAAUCCGCUGUCAAGUGGGCUUCCAGAAAGAAGGACCAGAACAGGCCCGUUUUUGUCCACUGCGCAUACGGUCAUGGAAGAAGUGUGGCUGUUAUGUGUGCGCUAUUAGUUGCUCUUGGCGUGGCAGAGGAUUGGAAGAGUGCUGAAAAAUUAAUUCGGGAAAGACGUCCUUACAUUAGAAUGAAUUCUCUACACCGCAAGGCUCUGGAAGAGUGGUCAAAACAUCGGUUAUCCCCUUCUAAGAAGAGUGGAGAAUUGAAUGCUGUUAGGUCAGAUUGCGGAAAGAAAUAUUAAGUUAUUACAGGAUGUUAAUACCAUUUUAUAUUUAUGGUGUUGUAGUAUGCUGUCCUAGAAGAAACAUCUGCAUCAAAGUUAUAACCUUGUUGUGGUUACAGUGUUAAAAGGGAAGUGUGCGAUAGAUAGCUUGGUUAAUCAUUGGAGCAUUUUUUUUAUGGUGGCAGAUUCAUUUGCAGACUUGGGCAUCGGUGAACCCUUUGUAAUCAUUUGCUAAGUAUCAAGAACAUUGUAUUUGUUAUUGGCAUCAUUGAAUUAAACUUGAGGAUCUUCAUUGUAAUUUUUAUGUGAAUGAGAUUGAUAGGAAUCAUUUGAAUUUGUUAUGGUGAAACUUUAGGUUUGGUAUCUUUC